AUGUCGCAAAACCAGCCUACAACUCGUCAGCGCAAUGACGAAGCCGAACUCGACCUUCUCGACUUCAUCUACGCCCAGCCAAACCGGGAUGAGAUCCAAGGAAACCCCCAGAAAGUACUGGAUCUGAUUGACGAAUUCGCUAAAUCGCGUCACCUCAUCCAUGUGGGGCCCGAGAAAGGGAAGGUCGUAGCAGACCUCAUAGCGGAGCGCAAGCCCCAGACCAUGAUCGAACUCGGAGGUUACGUGGGUUACUCGGCCAUCCUGUUCGGCGAUGCCGUGCGUCGGGCCGGUGGCAAAAAGUACUACAGUUUAGAGUUGAACCCUGAAUAUGCCGCCAUCUCGACUCUGUUGCUGGAUCUGGCGGGCCUCCGAGAUUUUGUCCAGAUCCUGGUGGGUCGCAGCGACCAGUCCCUGAAUAAGUUGUGUGCCAGCGGCGAAGUCCCACAGGUGGAAAUUAUGUUCAUUGAUCACUAUAAGCCCGCGUAUACUACGGAUCUGAAGCUAUGCGAGCAGCUUGGCAUGAUCGUUCCCGAUGUUUCGGUUCUGGUGGCUGAUAACGUGCUCUAUCCGGGGAAUCCACCGUACCUGGAGUAUGUCCGGAGCACGGUGGAGCAGAAACGAAAGGCGGCUGAGAAGGGGCCAAUCCAGAUGUAUAACACGGAGGGUAUACCUGCUGAUGCCCUUGAGAUUACUCGAUGUGUAGGAGUUGAGAAGGCGUGA